AUGGCUGACACCUCCAAGUUGCAUCCUGCGACUACCGUCACCAAUAUCAAAUCAUGCAUUCCUAUUAUGCUUGACUACGAAGGAAGCCAAUACAAUAACUGGGCUACCCUCUUCAAGCUCCAUUGUCGUGCAAACUUGGUGAUCGACCACAUCCUACCUCCUGCCUCCCCCACCGUGCCACCACCGGCAACUGCAGCCGAAAAACUUGCUGCUAAGGCCCUAUGGGAACGGCUAGAUGACAUUGUUCGGCAAUGGAUAUAUGACAAUAAAUCGGCUAGGGCUCUCGCUCUUGAUGCAAAGUUCACCAACACCAAAUUGGUGGAUUUUCCGAAUGUGAAAAGAUAUUGCACUGUGUCGAAAGUUCUUGCAGACAACCUUGCCAACGUCGGUCACAAAGUUUCCGACGAACGACUUGUGCUUCGCCUUCUGCGAGGGUUGUCGGAGGAAUAUAAAACUUUUCGCACGACGGUGCAAAGACCGCACUUCUCUCCCGUCUUUUGA